ACGAGAAGAACGAGAAGAAUAGGCCUAAUGCAUAACUACGCAGCUCAGUGUGUUUAUUUCUAUACAUUCUUUUCCCUCAAUAUUCGCCCCUAAACUUUAUUCUCAAAUUUGCACACGAUACUGUAUACAGUCAUUACUUUGCACUCGACACUGAAUAUUUUGUAUAACGUGUGCAUACGUUCUAUAUACAUUAUACAUCCCGCCUAGAAGACAGACACAUCCCUGAACAAGGACUUGUAGAGUUUCUCUGAUCAAAGAUUCAUCUGAAAUAAAAAUGUUUGACCCAUGUAACUGCAAGACAACGGGAAAUUGUCUGUGUUCAGACACCUGUCCAUCCACUGGGUGUAACUGUGCUUCUGGGUGUAAAUGUGGAGCCGGCUGUAAAUGUCCCGGAUGUCAGAUUGUUUGUAAAUGCAACAGUACCUGCGCAUGCGGAGUAGGAUGUACUGGACCUGACACUUGCAAAUGUGCUGCUGAUUCGGGAUGUAGCUGCAAAUAGUGAAUUAAUGGUCGCCUGAAAAGUCAUCAUUCAUUUGUAAAUAGUGUAAAUAACAAUAAACGCACAUUCUUCAUUA